UCGCCACUCUCUUCGGAAUCGGACCCCAUUUCCCAACCUCACCACACCACACUCUACUCUUCUUUAAAAUCUGCCAACCCUUCUCACCAUUCCCCAAACUCUUCUACUUCUUCUUCUUCUUCUUCAUCUCUUUUCUCUCUCGAAACACUUGCUCUAUUAUUUGUUAAGCUAUAGCCAUGGCUGAUGAGCAAGUUCAGAAAGCUGCCCCUGAAGAAGGAGUUGUAGUUGUCAACGUUACUACUACUGACUCGCCUCAGCAUUCUCAUGACGAUGAGAAAGUAGUGAAUGAGAAGGAGAGUGAGUGUACUGAGAAAGCGGCUUCUCCCACCAGUACUACUCUCCAAACUGAGAUGUCUAAAACCCUCGACGACGACAAAAGCAACAGCAAUGUUACCGACGAGUCAGCUUCCUUCAAGGAAGAGACCACCAAAGUGGCCGAUCUACCUGACCCUGAAAGGAAAGCCCUUCAAGAAUUUAAGCAGCUACUCAAGGAUGCCCUCCAGAACCAUCAAUUUUCAACUGCUUCUCCGCCACCCUCGCCAAAACAAGAGCCUAAGGCAGUGCUAGUGCCAGCGCCAACCCAAGAAGCACCACCACAAGAACCGGAGAAGACAGAGCCAGAAACAGUCGAUGCGGUGGAGAAAGAAGCAGCAACAAUCGCCACCGAGUCUUCUGAACCAGCGCAACCCGAGGCUGCAGAAGAGAAGGUAGCUGCUGCUCCUGCUGCUGUUGCGGCGGAUGAUGAUGGUGCCAAGACAGUGGAAGCUAUAGAAGAGACCAUUGUAGCAGUUGCUUCUUCUGUUCCACAAGAGCAACCGGCUCAGCCCAAGGAGCCAGUGGAGUCGACCAAGGCUGCCACGCUUCCAGAGGCAGAAGAAUCCAAAGAUGCCAAGGACGAGGCUGUAGCAGCACAGGCUCCUGCUGCACCGGCUCCGGCUCCCGAGGAGGUGUCCAUCUGGGGAGUACCGCUGCUGGCCGAUGAGAGGAGCGAUGUUAUUCUCUUGAAGUUUCUUCGAGCGAGAGACUUUAAGGUCAAAGAUGCGUUUGUGAUGCUGAGGAACACUGUUGAGUGGAGGAAGCAGUUUGGAAUUGAGGAGUUGGUGGAUGAAGACUUGGGUAGUGAUUUAGACAAGGUGGUGUUCAUGCAUGGUGUCGACAAGGAAGGCCACCCUGUGUGCUACAAUGUCUAUGGGGAGUUCCAAAGCAAGGAGCUUUACCAGAACACAUUCUCGGAUGAGGAAAAAAGACAGAUGUUUCUGAGGAAGAGAAUUCAAUUCCUUGAAAGGAGUAUCAGAAAAUUCGACUUCACUCCCGGAGGUGUUUCUACUUUCGUUCAGGUUAAUGAUUUGAAGAACUCGCCUGGACCAGGGAAGUGGGAGCUUAGACAAGCUACCAAACAGGCACUCCAACUGCUCCAAGACAACUACCCUGAAUUUGUAGCCAAACAGGUGUUCAUCAAUGUGCCAUGGUGGUACCUGGCAGUGAACAGAAUGAUAAGCCCAUUUUUGACUCAGAGAACCAAGAGCAAGUUUGUGUUUGCUGGCCCUUCCAAAUCUGCUGACACCCUCUUAAGGUAUAUAGCUCCAGAGCAAAUCCCAAUCAAGUAUGGAGGACUGAGCAAAGAUGGUGAAUUUGGAACAAGUGAUGCUGUAACUGAGAUUAUUGUAAGGCCUGCAGCUAAGCACACAGUGGAAUUCCCAGUCACUGAGUCGUGUGUUCUGAGUUGGGAGGUUAGAGUGGGGGGAUGGGAUGUGAAGUAUGGAGCAGAGUUCGUUCCAAAUGCAGAAGAAAGCUACACAGUGAUAAUUCAGAAGAGCAGAAAGGUUGGGGCAGCUGAAGAACCAGUGGUGUGCAAUAGCUUCAAAGUUGGUGAAGCUGGCAAAGUUGUUCUCACCAUUGACAAUUCCACCUCCAAGAAGAAGAAACUCCUCUACCGUUUAAAGACCAAGCCUUGCUCUGAUUGAGUUCAUCAUCAUCAUCAUCAUCAUCAUCAACAGUCCUAAUUCCAUAAGCUGCCUCAUCCAAUUUUUAUGUCACUGUCAUCAUCCUCUUAUAUAUAUAUAUAUAAUGUUCUAUAUAUCAACCAUAUAAUUAUUUCCUCAUUGGGGAUUCUUUAUUUUACUUCCAAGUAUUUAUUUUUUUUGGUCUUCUCUUCUGCAAUAUAUCAUGGACUUGCCAUUUGUUAGCCCAUGUAAAAUUGGUGAUUUGCUGAUGUUUUAUUUUCUUUGAUCUGUAUUUAAAGUAUAUUUUUUUUGGUUACACUAUAUUGGUUAUUGGUAUGUACAUAAAUGAGAGACUCGGU